AUGGCGUCCGACAACGAGGAUGAGAUUGUUCAAGAACCCGUGGUUCAGAUGGUCCCCAACUACGAGGUUUCAGACAGGGCGUUCCUGCUGAGUUUGCCCUCCAUUGGGGAGCAAGAGAAACAGGAAGCUAGACAGUUUAUACUGGAGACCAUCGAGAAGGAGGAGAUGGCUCCUUAUUACAAACACCUUGCUGGGGAAUUGGACCAGCUGCCCUACGAUGACGCCCUGUACCAGCGGUUGAAGGCCACGAACGACCAGAAAAUCAAGGAGCUGAGGGACAAGAUCACAGAGUUGGAGUCCAACGACGAGGGCGCACUGGAACUGGCCAACGGAUGGGCAGAGCUUGGGGCAUACUACACGCAGAUUGCUGAUUUGAAAACGCACACAAGGUGCUCAUGGGGGAGGGCUCUAAAAUGUGCCAUCUCUCUCGGGGCCAAGAUCGAUGUACUGUUCAUGGUGGUGAGACUCGGCUUCUUUUACGACAAACAGCACUUUGUCAAGGAGAAACUCGAAGAGAUUGAGGCGCUUAUCGAGAAGGGUGGGGACUGGGAGAGGAGAAACAGGUACAAGACGUACUUGGGUGUCCACUCCCUCGCCGUGAGAGACUUUAAGAAGACCGCAGAACUGCUCGUGGACUCCCUAGCGACAUUCACCUCCGUUGAGCUGACCUCUUACGAGAACAUUGCAACGUAUGCAAACGUCGCUGGUCUGUUCGCUCUGGAGAGAACAGACUUGAAAAGAAAGGUCAUCGACUCGCCGGAAAUGCUGUCCAUCAUGACCUCCACACCGGCGUUGCAAUCCAUCUCAUCGCUGACCAUUGCCCUGUACACGUCGGACUACGCGAGCUUCUUCCCCUUCCUGCUGGAAACGUACGACAAAGUGCUCAUCCCUUGUAAGUACCUGAACAAGCACUCCGAUUUCUUCAUUAGGGAGAUGAGGAGGAAAGUUUACGCCCAAUUGCUAGAGUCGUACAAGACUCUUUCGCUGAAGUACAUGGCUACUGCAUUUGGCGUCUCGGUCGAGUUUUUGGAUAACGAUCUCGGGAAAUUCAUCCCAAACAAAAAACUCAACUGCGUGAUCGAUAGGGUCAACGGGAUCGUUGAGACAAACAGACCAGACAACAAAAACGCCCAGUACCAAUUGCUCGUGAAACAAGGUGACGGUCUGCUGACCAAAUUACAAAAGUACAGCACGGCGGUCAAAUUGACAGGUUCUGAUCGGGUGUAA